CUGCUCGGCAACGCUCUUCUCUUAUUACCUAGACUCGCCACGGUCGCCAUCAUGGACUACCUGACAGGUCUUGCAACCGAGCUACAGGCACAAAUCCAGGAAUGUCUGGCUCUGCGCGAUGCCUGUGUGUUGCGGCUAGUAAGCAAGACCUUCAAUGAACUUGUGCUUGAAAGGAUCAUCGCCAGCUGCAAAAAGAAUGGGGCUGUGAUACACGUCAGCCUCACGCCUCAUGAUCUCCAAGUUCUUGAGGCGGUUAUGGCCAAUCCCGCAAUCGCUCAGUGCAUCAAGUACAUCGACAUCUGCUGUAUCUACUUCGAUAGCUUCGAUCCUUCCAGGGAACCUCCAAUAUCUUUGAAAUAUGGGGAAGCAUAUCACGAAGAGAACGUGUUCAGUCCAUCAUUGCAGAAAAUGAAGGAAGAGUACGGCCAAGCCUGUAACACGAACAUACCCAUUGUACGUUGUUUGAAAGAGACAUUCCACCGCCUUGCUACCUUGAGUAACAUCUCUGGGAUCGAGAUUCGCAUGGGCUGCACCAUUAGAGAAAACUCACCCAAAAAUUUACCAAUGGGCUUGCAGAAGAAGCUUCAAGCCAUGUCCAUCGACGGUCGCUCCAUCGACUCUACGGAGCAUCUUCGCCUGUUGAUGCAUGUAUUAGCACAACAAACCUUUGCCGUUGACUGGGCCCUACAUAUCGUCAUGUGGGGCGUCUAUCUUAGCAAUUAUAAAGAGAAAAACAUCAACCUCUUACUACAGGGUCAUAUGGCCGGCGAAGACGUCAAAAGGCAACAUGAUCUAUGCCAGACACUAUCAAAGCUCGUCGGGCCUCUUGGAGAUAUCGAAAUUGAGGGCAAUCUAGACCUACAAGAAUGGCAACUCCAACUCAGCAAGAUGACUUCACGUUUCUUGACCAUGAAGAUGCCCCCACAAGUAGACCACAAUCUACUGAUUUUAGGUCGCGCAAUCAAUACUAUUACGUGGCUGGACCCAUCCAGUAGACUCGUAGACCACGAGGACUAUUAUCGAUUGCUUGUUUACCAUCUUGGGGUCCGGGAAAAUUCUCUCAGGCAUUCGAAGAUCGUCAAAACACUCUACGCCGCGUCUAAAACAUCCAAAGAUAUUUUAUUUCGCGUAGAGGGGAACAAUACAUAUCUUUCAUGGAAUCCUUAUCUGACAGAGGUAGAUGACCUGCCCUUCCAAAAGGUGGCGCGGCUUGAGAUUUCCGGCUCGUUCCUCCCAGGUCCAAUGUUUCUGGAAAGCACCCGGAAGUUGGAACAUCUCUCGCUGAAGAAUUGCGGAAUAUCCGGGCUUGAUGACUGGAGUAGCGUUUUCAAAGAACUUCGUAAAAGGAGCGGAUUCCUGGAAUACCUACAACUCGUGAACUUGACACAGUCUAGUGUGUUGUCCUGGUCCUCAGUUGAUACAACAAGCGCGACAACCGGAAUAGUUGCAAAAGGUCACGUCAACGUGGAGCGCAUACUUGAAGGUUUAAACGAAUACUAUGAGAUCAUGCCAGACCCUCAUAAUGGGGGUCGGGUAUUCGUAGCCUUUAGAUAAGACGGUGACUAUUUUCCUUGGUACGUACAUCACAUUUGUGCGGACACCCCGUGCCACCAGCACAUAUUGCAGCGUUUAUGAACCGGCAUAGAUCAUACUAACUUUCCGUCUUAGUUUCAAGCGAGGACAUCGCAGAUGGUCAUAACCUUUCACCUAUUCUGAAUCCGUUGCACGUUGGGAUUUGUGGAUCUUCAGAGACGUGCAUAAAGGGCAAGGCAAAAGCGUCGACCAGGGAUCGAGCGUUACAAAAGGAGUCGGAGUUAGCGUCUGUGGCAUAUCAGUACAGGAAACAACAAGCUUUUUGUACGACUGAAGGUAGCUUCAAGGAGAAAAAAUGAUCUCCUCCUCGGCAUAAUGAGAUAGCUCUUAUUCCCAAGGUUACAGACUGCAAAGCUUGCAAUCAAACCCAUCAACUGAAUCAUUAUACUCAUGGCACUUGAAUUGAACUUGAAUUCGCAUUUCAUCGACCUGAUAUUUCAUUGAUGUGUCACAUCAAAUAUGAAUGUCCGUCGGCGUGUCCAUGUCGAACAGAAUCAUCAUCCAUUUUUCCAAACGCUUAGCUGCGUCGCGUUUCUUCAUUGUCCCCCCAUUCGCUCUCAAUUGCCCAACGCUACAGAUUACGGAGACUCAGGGUGAUAUGAGGACCAUAGACUUCCUGUCCGUAUGAUUGAGUUGCACAUCCUUAGUCGCACUUCUGGAAAAACGCUCUUCUUCCAUAAAGUCAUUCGUCAUGAUCCUUACGCCGACUGCUCCGAGAGACGUUGCGUAAACACGCAAACAAAGCGUGUCAAUGCACUUCUGCCGUUCAUCAGUGGGAUAUGCUGUCGAUUGCAGAAGACCGAUCUGCCUCUAA